UACAGCUGUCCGGAAACACCAACGAGACCGUCGAAACGUAAAAUUCUCCGUGCGAUAGGUGUCAAGCCAAUUUCUCCUUGGUGAACCAACGCCAGCCAGCCGUGGGCUGACGUGGGAAAGCGGCUGGUGCUCGCAAAAAUGAGGGAGGCCGGGAUCAUGUUGAUAAGCACCGUGCUAACGUGCGCUGUUAUUGGCAAUGCGUAUUAUCAGAGAAAACAAUUCUAUCCUACCGUGGUUCACAUAACCAAAUCCAACCCGAGUAUGACCGUGAUCUACGCGCAAGGAUUCAUCCUUGCUUUCAUGAUAAACGCCUUCUUGCGAAAAGUCUUUUUCGGUACAUUGCGCGCCGCUGAGCUUGAACACUUGGUGGAGAAAGUAUGGUACGCGGUGACAGAAACAUGCUUGGCAUUUACGGUAUUCAGAGAUGACUUCAGCCCAAAAUUCAUAGCGUUAUUCACGCUCCUCUUGUUUCUAAAAUCGUUUCAUUGGCUCGCGGAGGAUCGUGUUGAUUAUAUGGAAAGAAGCCCAGUGAUAACAUGGCUGUUUCAUCUUAGAGUUGGCACUUUAUUGGGGCUUUUAUUCGCCAUUAAUUUAACAAUGAUACACUAUGCGUACAAUACAACAGCCACCAAAGGUCCCUCUGUGCAGCUAGUAUUUGGCUUUGAAUAUGCAAUUUUGUUGACUGUUGUCUUCAAUAUUGCUGUAAAGUACAUUUUGCACACCAUUGAUUUGCAAAGUGAGAAUCCGUGGGACAACAAGCCAGUGUUCUUGUUGUACACUGAACUGAUUAUUGGAUUAUUAAAGGUCAUUCUGUACGUUGCCUUUGUGACACUGAUGAUAAAACUAUUUACAUUACCUCUGUUUGCACUGCGUCCCAUGUAUUAUACGAUGCGAGACUUCAAGAAAGCUUUCCACGACAUCGUGAUGUCUCGAAGAGCUAUUAGAAACAUGAAUACGCUCUAUCCUGACGCAACGACCGAGGAAUUAGCUGCUGCUGAUAAUGUCUGUAUUAUAUGCCGGGAGGAGAUGGUUGCAGCUAGUAAAAAGCUGCCGUGUAAUCACAUCUUCCAUACUGCUUGUUUACGUUCUUGGUUUCAACGGCAACAGACAUGCCCGACAUGCCGUUUGAACAUUUUGAGACCAGGGGCGAGUAAUUCGACGCCUAGGCAGCAUAAUCCUCCCCAACCAGGACCACAGGUGCCUCAGCCUCAACAGGCACCUGCUGGAGUUAACCCACUUGGACCAGCGCCUCCUUUCCAUUUCCCAGUGUUUUGGGCUGGAUUACCAGCACCUGGGGCACCACCUCAGCAACAACAGCCGCAGCAGCAACAACAACAGCCGCAGCAGCAAUCGCAACAGCAGCAGCAGCAGCAGCAACCUCAAAGUAACGGGGCACCUGGAAGCACCCCGCCACCUCAGAUCAUACCUCCAGGGAAUAUACCGCUUCUUCCACCGUUGUUCCCUACGUUAGUACCGUUUCCGCCUAUUCCCGUGCCGCCGCCGAAUUUAACUGAGUUGAGCGAGGAGGAACUUCGAGCGAUGGAAGGUAAUUUGCGGCAGGCGGUACAAGCGAGGAUACAAACAUUGCAGAGAAUCCAACUCCUAUUGGACGCCGCUAACGCGAUGAUGAAUCAAUAUCAGAGAGCGGCUGCCACGGCCAACAUUCCCAUGCACACUGCAAGCGGCGCCGACGACGCGUCAGAAACGUCAAGCGCGUCUGCGAUGACGAAAACGCAGCAGACAGCCAGUACGGCGGACGCGAGUGGUGAUACCAAUGCCGAAGGUCCAUCAUCCAAGGCAGACAACGCUUCCACUCCGAGCACGUCGAAGGAGGACGUUCCUUCUCCGAGUACGUCAAAGGAAAAGGACACGUCGACGCUUAGCAGUACGUCGGAAUUAGGAUCUAGGAGUGAAACGGAAUCCUCGAGCGAGCAAGAAAUGCUGCGCAAACGCAGGCUACAAAAGUUCUCGGCUCAACCAACGACGGAAUAAAUAAAGAUGAAAUUGUGUGAUAUAUAUAAAUCAUGUAACAUAAUAGUCUUUAAUUUGCUUAAUGAUCGGCCUCAAUUACGCGAGCGACCGAUAUAUAAUAAUUGAGGAUUGCGACAAUGGACGGGAGGAUCCUUCGAAACAAUAAUUCUGAGAUCGGUCGCGUUCCGGAUUGAGCGCGGAUGAACUUUACUUGACGAUCCUCUAGCGACUGUUAAAUCCAAGAUGUAGUGACAACUGAGACUGAAAGCCCGAACUUCGAAAUCACAAGCUGAACAGCUACGAUAUAUACCAACAAUCAUAAUCAGGAAAGUGGGAGGAUGAUUUUAUAGGGAUGACAUGAUUGAUGUCUUUCUUUUUGUAAACUAUCACCGGAAUGAAUACAAAAUAAGAGAAAGUCGGUUCUUUUGGUAUUCUACUCUUUUGAGAUUUAUAUAUAUAAACACGUUUAUCCUGUA